AUGAAAAUGUCUUUCAACACCGACAUAUCGACCACAUUGGAGAACAGCAGAAAUACUCUAAGAAAAAUUGCCAGAAAUGACAACACUGAGUUCUCAAAACAGAGUGUCCUAAAUGAUAUGGAGAAGUUUGUUAAAAUGGUAACCGCCAUGGACGAGACUGUGUUAGUUCCCAGUCGUUUGAUGAACUUGCCGCAAGAGGGUGAUGAUGACCCAUUCAACCUAUACUCUAUGUUGAAUGAUUUGAAGACUGAAUUACUCUGGGCCGGUGAAGAGACGACCGAACGUGGCCGUCGUAUAUCUGACUUCAGUGACACUGAGAGUGAUGCAUCCAGUGCCGCUGGGGAUUCCGGUAUUGAUGGUGAAGAUGAGAGGGAGUCUGCUGCUCGGGCUGCGGCUGCCUGCCGCCGUCAUCUCAGGGGCCUGCGCCGUUGUCUCCGCCACUUAACGGCCGCUGCGGUACAUCUGACGAGGUCGUAUCAGGAAGAAGUCGGUGCCCCCGUUUGA